AUGCCGAAGCACUCUUUCAAUUUUCGGUCUGCCUUCGACGCUUUCCGCGAGCGCAGGGCGUCUCCCGCCGUCGUCAAGCGCGCCCCUGGAGAUUGCGGUGUGGAUAGUAUCUACAAGUCCCCGAAGAGCGGUAGCACUGUCAAUCUCAACGACAAGUUUACCAUCGAAUGGAACCCUUCUUGUCUCCCAAACUCUGUCAUCCGGAUCAAGCUCACCUCCCCGUCAUUACAGUCGAGUAAUGGAAGUGUUGGAGUUUGGGCCAACGUCGACGGUACCACAGGCUCUAAGGAGGUCGCUCUCGUCCCCGAACAAUUCAACAACCUUGCAAAAUUGGAACUACAGGUCAGCAUCUCGGCAAACUCUGAGGAAAACACUCCAGAGUUUCUCGUGGAGACUCUCCCUAGCGGACCUUCAUGGACAGGCAUAUAUAACAAGACGCAGCCUUCUGUAGCCACAGGCUCUGGUUCAAAUGGGAACCUUUUGAGCGGGCACUCGUCCAGCAGUGUUACCUCGACCUCGAAUGGCUCUCACGGUGGCAUGACAAAGGGACAGGUUGCCGCCGCCGUUCUUGUGCCGAUUCUCUUCAUCGCCGCGUGUAUUGGCGCCUACGUCUUCUGGUCCAGAAAGAAAGAGGCUGCUAGACGCAAGGAGUAUAGAGAAAACCUCGACCAGCGCAUGUCCAUUGCCCCAGGUGCAGACUGGGCUCCCAUCUCCGCGGCCGGUGCUGCCGCUGCUAUUCGCCAUUCGAUGGCUUUCAGCGGCGCCGGAGAUCGUAACACGCGCUCCAGCAGUUUCUUUGGCCGACAGUCCACGUACCAAGUUGAUCCACCCCAGGAGAUGCGCCAGACUCGCACCAGGAACACAUCAACGGAACAGUCGCGCACCUCGCGAGUCUCGUUUGCCGACAGCACCUUUGAUAAGUCGUUUGAUCGACCAGCUGUUCCUCCCCUUCCCGCAGCCUACCGCAAAUCCCAGUUUGCAGAGGAGAAGGAUGGCGAGACGUUGAGCCCUACCCAACGCACAGGCGCUUUUGCUUUGGACGAUGCCGCCAUUCAGGAUCGUCUGAGUGCUGGUGAAGCCAAUCAUGGUCGGGCUAGUGUUGCUAUCGGUCAGGAUGUGGACACUUUACCUGCCCUUGCCAUGAUGCGUGCGAAUGAAACGUCGCCAGCUGCCCCUGCCGUCGCUAUGACCCGAGAGUCAACGUACUCCAUCGGCGCAUACUCUGGAAAUACGGAUAGCAUCGUCACAGAUUCCAACGCUCCUUCAUUCUUCAACCCUCCGUCAAAUAAUGCUGAUCCGGACGAGGCUCUCCGCAAUUAUGCGUCUCGUACUCCACAGUUCGUUCCUGUCACGACAACUGCCUCGCCGUUCUCUGGGUUUGCUGCUGGCCCUGGCAUUGCAGCCGCCGCCGGUUUCGACAUGUCACCAGAUGCCGCCUUCCGUGCCUAUGCUGCUACUCGUCCCGCCGCACCACCGACUGCCGUUGCACCUGGCGCUCCUUCAACCAUGCGGACGCUCUAUGGACCUACGAUGACUCAAGGUCUCGGCCUUCGUCAGCGAUCGGACACGAUGAGUACGAGCAACAACCCUUACCGGGACUCGAUGGCCCCGAAUCACACUGGUGAAGACAUUGGCAAGGCACAGUAG